AUGUUCCUGGGCGACAAAGAGCUGGCGCGUGGAGACAGACAAAGCCGGCAAGGCGACCGCAAGCGUGUGCUGCAGCUGGCGAGGGAGAAGAGGAAGGCAAGGAUACGAAAACAGGAGCUGGAGGUCGCGGCGCAGCACAUACAGAGGUUUGUUCGCGGACGACUCGCGGCUCGACGCUGGCGGACGCAGAUGCGCGUUGAAUGCGAUCAGAAAUUGAGCGAUGUCGACCAGCUGAAGGUCAUUCUGCAGCUUCCUGACAUGGCGCUGCCGUACGACUCUCUUUUUGAGCUGCUCCGUCUAGUGGUAUUAUUCUAUACUGGAAGUCGCGAAGACGCCGAGAGACUCCUAAGACUAAGCUCGCUGUUUGCAGACUCAUUGGCUGCUUCUUCUGAUGGGAUCAACGAUGCGGGAGACGGACAGCGAGACUGGCUAUUACGACGACUCAUCGAUUUGUGUCUGCAGUGUAGUUCGGUGUCGCCCGCUGACACAAAAGUCUUCGCGGGAUUCAAGACUGUCCGAGAUUUGACCGUGGCGCUGCCUGAGAUGCAGCGAUACUUGCUGUCUGACCGAAUACUUGUCUUUCAUCCGAUGCAACGAACUCGAAGGAGGCUAUACAGCGAGAUGGACAGCGCUCUGGUGAUACAAAUAAUGCGGCAAGGCUUGAUAGGUGCACGGGAAUAUCUUCCUGCCACGUACCAUGUCGAGGAGUCUGUCUAUUGCAACGCUCUGUUGGAUUUUGUGGUGCACCUUCUUAUGACGACUGGCAAGAUUCUGGAGCAGUCUGUGAUGGAAGAGAUCUUUUCGGUACCACUUCUGAAUCAGUUGGUUGGCAUCGAUCGGCUGCUCAAAUUUGCAAACCUGUCGCUGUGGGACAGACUGCUUAGCGCAGGUCUACACAUGUCAGUGUUUGACUUCCCUGCUUCACCUGUUGCUGGGAUCACAUCGGAGGCGUGGUUUCUUGGCAACGUCCUUUGGAUAUCUAACCGUGUGGAGAACAAAACGGACCUCGUUGUGCUAAAGGAAGUCCAGCUCCUCUCAAAACUGCUUCAAUCCGUCCCACCCGUAACAUACGCUGCAUCAGGAGUCGCUGUAUCGUGGACUAAAGUGUCCGAUUCUCAUUCCGUGCCCGUGGUGUUUCCAGAAGCCCUAAACGAGCAGCUACAGAUUUUGGUGAACGAUCGGUACUUGCGGUCAAUGUGCAACCACCUCCUUCCAUUUUAUCCGAGCGCUCUUCGCUUCCCACUAACAAUUCAAAGGCCGGCGCCGAUGUACCCUGGUGCACCUACGAUUGCGGAACAAUUUGGUUUUGGUGACAUCGCGUCGACGUCGUCACUGUCAACAUCGCUUUCAGUGACAUGGCAGAAAAUGAAGUCAAUUGGAAAGGCGACAUGGGCUCGCAGUUUACUUGAAAAGGCUGGACUACGUCGAAGACAGGAGGGCGACGAAGACCUUGCAGUUGGUGGAACAUCAGAACUGCAGAAUACCACCGAAGAGGCACGUCGAAUUGCUGCAAAAGGGGUUGAUAGUCCAACGGAGACUCUGGAUGUUCAGCGAGCGGGAAGUCUGAAGCUAGUCGAAAGCAAUGAGCCGUUCCUUCUGGAGAAUAUCAAGGCCUUGUCGUACCUUUGUGGCACAUUUCUAUUCCGAUGGGGAAAUAACGGCUGGAGGCAGCGAUCUUACUCGACACGUCUGCUUAACACACUGGCUUUCUAUCAUGUUGAGGUUGCGGGAAGUGGUGCGAGUGUCCAUAACGUAUCUCUCGUACAUAUGCUGUGGUGCGUGUUGCAAGACAUGGAAAGGUUUGACGAUUUUAUCAAGAAUAUGGAUAUGUUGCAUGCCCGAAGUUCAGACCCGUAUGUGUGUAUGCUGGCGCUGUUUUGUAUGUGUUACGAACACCUCCUGAUUGUCGUGGAUGAUGAAGAGAUGUACGAGCAAGAAUAUCCACUUCCCCUGUACCAGAUUGAGCGCAUCGUUCUAUGUCUGAAGCAUGCGCUGCACGAGGCAUAUUGGACGCAUGCCGAUCUUGCUCCGUCUUCGAACUCAGUCGCCUUUGGUAUGUUUGUCGUUGAGGCGGGUACCCGUUUAUUGAGAGUGCUGUACAAUCGGUGCUCUCGCCGGCCUUUUUGCAACGUCUCGAGCUGGAUCAUUGCGGAGCUUGAUAGUCGUCAGCUGAUCGACGAGGUGUUGCUCGGCACACCUCGAGCCAACAAGCUGAUCCAGUCGAUGCCUUACCUUGUGCCAUUUCCUGACCGGGUCAAGCUGUUUCAGCGCCUAGUCAAGGCUGACAAAGAGGUUCAUCAAAAUGAGAGCAGCUCUGUGUACCGCAUUCGUAUUCGUCGCGGUGCUGUCCUGGAAGACGGUUUGAGGAAACUCAACACGAUUCGGACGAGUCUAAAAAAGCGAAUCAAUGUGGUUUUCGUCAACUCUGCCGGUCGCGAAGAAGUCGGCAUCGAUGCGGGAGGACUCUUCAAAGAGUUUUGGGAAGACCUGGCGACGCUUGCAUUUGAUCUGCAAUACGGGCUUUUCCUGACGACGCAGGAUCAGCUGCUGUAUCCCAACCCCAACUCCGCCUCGAGUCACUUCACGCGCGAGAGCGAUCACUUGACGAUGUUCCAGUUUGUCGGCCGGAUCCUUGGAAAGGCGCUGUAUGAAGGCAUUGUGGUCCAGCCUAAGUUCGCGCACUUCUUUCUGUCCAAGCUGCUGCAUUCGUUCAAUCAGCUGAACGAAUUGCCAUCACUGGACCCUGAAAUUUAUAAGAAUUUGAUGUUCCUGAAGUCGUACGACGGCGAUAUCGAGGAUCUAGGGCUGACUCACACGAUUGUUCAAGACGCAUUCGGCGAGCAAAAGGAGAUUGAGAUUAUUCCAGGCGGAGGCAACGUGCCCGUGACGAACCAAAACAAAACGCGCUACAUUCACUUGGUUGCGAACUACUACCUCAACACACAAACGCGCGAACAGUGCUCAGCGUUUCGCUUGGGUCUAUCCGAUCUCAUUAACCCGCGCUGGCUCCAAAUGUUCAACGAGCCCGAGCUCCAAGUGCUCAUUUCGGGCAAGAGCGGCCAGAUCGACGUCGAUGAUCUCCGGGUCAACACUCGUUACGCUGGCGGCUACUAUGUGCUGGACAAACGGGUGUCGUGGCUAUGGCAAGCCGUAGCCAGUUUCAGCCCUUCCGAGCAAGCAGCUUUUCUACGCUUCACCACGAGUUGCCAGCGCGCGCCGUCGCUCGGGUUUGCAUCGCUCACACCUCAGUUUUGCGUGCAGAAGAUCCCGAUUCGACGCGACGAGGAGUUGCUGCCAAGCUCCUCGACCUGUUUCAAUACGCUCAAACUACCUACGUAUUCGUCGUACAAGGUGCUUCGGGCCAAGUUGCUCACCUCCAUCUCAUCCAACGCUGGGUUUGAAAUGACGUGA